AGCAUUUUCUUUGAUCUUCCGUACUGGAAAACCAAUUUGUUGCGUCACAAUCUGGACUUUAUGCACAUUGAGAAGAAUGUGUGUGAUAACAUUUUGUACACUUUGCUUAAUGACAAAGCAAAAUCAAAGGACAAUCUCAAGGCACGGAAAGAUUUGAAAGAAAUAGGCAUAAGGCAUGAUCUCUGGCCAAGUGACAAUGGAUCAUAUCAUUUAUCUUUAUUUUCACUAACACGUGACACCAAGAAGCUAUUUCUUUCGGCAUUGAAGAAUGUUGUGCUACCAGAUGGAUACUCAAGUAAUAUUUCGAGAUGUGUGGAUGAAGGACAGAAAAAAAUUUUUGGAUUAAAAAGUCAUGACUGUCAUAUUCUUUUGGAGGAAUUGUUACCAAUAGCAGUUCGUCAUUUGCUGCCGGAUCAUGUUACCGCAGUAUUGGCUGAGUUUGGCUCAUUCUUUAAGAUCCUUUGUGGGAAAAGCUUAAGUAACUCUGAACUUGACAAGCUCCAACAACGCAUAGUGGUCGUCCUUUGCCAGUUGGAAAUGUUAUUCCCUCCAUCAUUCUUUACCGUCAUGGUUCACUUGACAGUCCAUCUAGUAGAUGAAGCAAAGCUCGGAGGUCCAGUGCAUUAUCGAUACAUGUAUCCAAUUGAGAGGGAGUUAGGCCAUCUAAAAUCCCAUGUGCGGAAUAGAGCACAAGCAGAAGCAUCUAUUGCCGAAGGAUAUUUAGCUGAGGAAUGUCUCACUUUUUGUUCUCGCUAUUUUGAAGAUAUAGAGACAAGGUUCAAUAGAGCUAGACGUGUAUGUGAUGACCCGCUUGACAAGGGAUGCUCAAAAUCUUGUCUCUUUCCGCCGGUGGGUAAAGCAGGGAGUUCUGGUACAAUUUUUACAUUGAAUGAAAAGCAAAAGCUACAAGCCCAUAGAUAUGUGUUACUAAAUUGUCCAGCCGUCAAGGAUUAUGUGAAUGAAUUUAGAGAAUACAUAAGAAGAAGUUCAAAGGGAAGGAGACCGAACCCCACAGACAUAGAGAAGAGAGUAUUUAAGGAAUUUGUUUCAUGGUUUGAAAAACGAAUAAUGAACCCAGAUACCAUAGAACAGUUGUCUAUUGACAUCAAAUUUUUAGCACGAGGCCCCUUAUCAAAUGCAACGAGAUAUAGUGCUUGUAAAAUAAAUGGUUGCACAUUUCGAACUAUUGCUCGUGAAGAAGGUUUGAGGACACAGAAUAGUGGAGUAUAUUUAACCUCUAGCACACCAUGUGUUGCAAGUCGAGUUGACAAAAAUUUAAGACAAGGUGAUGUACCCUAUUAUGGCAAGUUGGAGGAUAUAAUUGAGGUUAGCUAUUAUGGGCGAUUCACUGUUGUUCUCUUCAAAUGUAAAUGGGCUGAUUCCACUCGACAUAGAGGAUAUAGAAGAGAUCAAUGGCAUUUUCAUUGUGUUAACUUUGAAAGACCAAUUCAUACCGGUGAACAUGAAGAAGAUGAGCCUUAUAUUCUAGCGUCACAAGCAUCAAUGGUAUACUAUGUAGAUGAUGUCGUUAACAAAGGAUGGAGUAUCGUUGUUCAUUUAAAACCAAGAGAUUUGUAUGAAAUGGGUGAUGAAAUUGAAGAGGCUGCAGAUGAGGACGAGCCACAUCAAGAGCAAGCUCUUGAUCAAUAUUUUGGUAACAGUGAUGAAUACAUUCAAUUGGCAACAAACCACUUGAUCGAUGACGUAGUUAACUCAUAAUGAGAAAUCUAAGCAAUGCCGAAGUGUAAAUGGUUUACUAAUCCCCUGAGAUCAGCUCCUCAACCUGAAAAUGGUUUUGAUCAGACUAACGACGAGGUAUUUCACAAUUCACCUACGGAUAUCUCACCACCUAAUCAUGAUUCACCACCUAAUCAUGAUUCAACAAUACAAAGCAAUCCGGAUAGUAAUAUGGAUCAUUCACUGCCUAACCAAGGAUCCCAAGAACAUACUAGGCCCUUUGGUGGACGUCAAUCUUCUGAAUAUUGGACCGUGGAGACAGUAGGUAUGGUGCAUAAUAAACUUAAUUUCUCAUGCUGAGUUGCUAAAU